GGAAGAUUUGCUGUUAGAUGCGACUAUAAAAAUAUGGACUUAUUGCCAGUGAACUUCUUUAUUUUUCGUUUUUGCGGUAUGUGGAAAGAACAUAAGAGUAGCAACUUGAUAACAUGUUUUGCCAAUUUCUGCUACAGGUAUAUUAUUGCUAUUUUAAUAUAUUACUGCACAAUAUUCGAAAUAAUCGAGCUCAUAUAUAAGAAAAACGAUAUAGAAGUUUUAAUAGAAGGUCUAUUUCUUGUUUUUACUUACGUGAUAUUGUGCCUAAAAUAUCAAAAUUUUUUGGUGCAACAGUAUGAAUUGAAUGCUUUAUUAGAUUGUUUUCGCACUAAAAUCUGUCAGCCGAAAGAUUCGAUCGAGAAAUCGAUACUGAAGCAAUACGAUCGCAAAGCUAAGAGAACUGCCUGUUUCUAUAUGUCCUUGUGUCUAUCAACGGGUUUAAUGAUGAUCGUGGAACCUUUAUUGACUCAGGACGAAAGAUCUUUACCGAUUCAGAUGUACAUACCGUACUCUAUCACACCAUUACUUUCUUACGUGUUGACUUAUCUUCAGCAAGCCGCAGUUUUAAUUUAUGGAAUAUUGUUGAACACUUCUUUAGACUCCAUGGUGUAUGGUUUCAUUAUUCAUACCUGCGGACAAACUGAACUGCUGUGCUAUCGAUUGACUGAAAUAUUUCAAUCUCUCCAAGAAAAUAACGACAAAAAUGCAAAACACACAAUUGAAAAUUUCGCUAUCACAGAAUGCGUGAAACAUCAUAUUUUAGUUUAUAACAUCAUACACAAGAUACAAUCGUUAUUUGUAUGGACUGUUGCUGCAUUAUUCUUCUUCAGUCUCAUCACUCUUUGUACUAGCAUCUAUCAAAUGUCAAAAACAAAGUUACUCAGUCCAGAAUUCUUUACUUUUAUCUUGUACUUAGGAUCAAUAAUGUUCCAAAUAUUCUUAUAUUGCUGGUAUGGCAAUGAACUUGAUUUAAAGAAUAAAAAUAUCGCGUACGCUAUUUAUGCAAGUAACUGGACGAUAAUAUCAACAGAGCAACGUAAAAAGUUGUUACUGGUAAUGAUGAAGAGCCAGAAAGGAAUGAUACUAUCUUUUCAUGGAAUUUGCACACUAAACCUUAACACUUUCACAUGGAUUAUGAAAACGUCCUACUCUGCUUUCAACUUGUUGCAACAAGCUUCGAAUUAGUAGCCUCUAUCUAGUCUUUUUAUCUAGUAAAUAUAAU